UUUGUUUACAAUCCGUGCGAAAGGCAGGAAAAAACAAAAGCAAAGACAACAUUCCUACGUUGCGCCUUCGUGUGUUCCGCUUCGUUCCGGUGCUUGUUUUAUGUGUCCCUUCCGGUGAGUGUGCGUGUGUGUGUGCGUGCUCAGAACUGUGUUUUAAUUGGCGUGAAAAUGCUCCCGGGAAUCGGUAUGUUCGGUACGGGCGAGGUGACCCACGUGCUGGUGCCGAUACUGCGCGACAAAGGCUUCAACAUCGUGGCGAUCUGGGGCCGCACGGGCAAGGAGGCGGAGCAGGCGGCGCUCGAGCUGAAGAUCCCGUUCCACACGGCCAAGAUCGACGACGUGCUGCUGCGGAAGGACGUCGAUCUCGUGUUCAUCACCUGCCCGCCCUUCCUGCACUCCCAGAUAUCGGUGAAGGCGCUCGGCAUUGGCAAGCACGUCGUGUGCGACAAACCGAUGACGCUGAUGCAGAGCGAUGCGCUGAAGAUGGUCCGCGCCAGCCAGUACUACCCGACGCUCAUCUCGAUCGUGAACCACUCGCUCCGGUUUCUGCCCGCCAUCGCGCACAUGAAGCGCGCCAUCCAGGAGGGGUACAUUGGGCCGCCCGGACCCUGCCUCGACCAGACGCUGAUCGACGUGAAGGUGCGGAUGGGCCCACUGUUCAACCGCAAGCGGUACGACUGGCUGUGCGAUGAGUCGAUGGGCGGUGGGGCGCUGAACCUGGUCGGCAGUCACGUGAUCGAUCUGGUAAAGUUCCUCACGGAGCGGAAGGCGGUCCGGGUGCACGGGACGGUGCGCACGUACGCGAUGUACGCGUCCCACUCGCACACGGGCAUCAGGCGGGUGGCGGCGCCCGACGUGUGCGCCUUCCAGAUGGAGCUCGAAAGCGACGGCAGCACGUCCAGCGCCCUGGUAACGGUGAACAUCAACUGCCACGAGUCGAACAACGCGUUCCAGCAGGAGGUGGUCAUCUACGGACCGGCCGGCCAUCUGACCGUGCGGGGCGGCGAUCUGGUGGGCCAUCGGCUGAACGCCGAGACGGGCGCCGUCAAGGAGGAGAUGCUGUACGUGGACGUGCAGGAUCUGCAGUUUUCGGCCACCUCGGACACGGCCCUGCCGCGACCGUACGUGAAGGGGCUGUGCAAGCUGGUCGGGGCGCUGCGGGACGCGUUCCACCCGAACAAGGAGAGUGCGGGCUGGAUCAAGGAACCGGUCCAGGCGGCGGCCACCUUCGAGGACGGGCUGUACGUGCAGGCGGUGCUGGACGCGAUCCGGAAGUCGAGCAGCGAGCGCUGCUGGACGAAGGUGAACGUGUGCGCCGAAUCGCCGACCGGCCAGCAGAAGCAAAAUGUGCUCGCGAGUGCGGCGGCUCGCAUCGCCUCCGUGUCGGCAAUUAGGGCCGAUCCCAGUAUUAAUCAUGCCGGAUACUUUUAAGCUGACGAUCAUGGGGCCAGUGGGGGGGGGGGGGGGUGGAGUGGUGUUUGCAAAGUGUUUG